AUGCACCCACUUCUAGAAUGGCAUUAUAAGAGGUAUGACUUCUGUGAUGUCAUGCUCACAGGAUUCCGCAAGAGCAGAACAUCAGCAUCACAAUGUAAGAGGAGCAGUGGUGUGGUUAGUGGUGGACUCCACACUGCAGGCAGAAUGGAGACCCGUCGCAGGAGCUCUGAGUGGGCACGUGAACAGGCUUCUAGAGGAGCAUCUGGUGACCAAGAUCUGGUUGAGGUCAACUACAAGGACAUCACCUGCAUCCAGGAUGACUGGGAUGUGGAAGAGUUUGUCUCAAAAACAUGCACGGGGAUGUUCCUCUAUCACCCGGCCUUCAAGAUAUUGUUGGGUACCUUCAUCCUUGUGAAUGCCAUUACUGUUGCUAUGCGAACAGAACGUGAAUUAGAAGAGAAAUACUUUGGGUUCUUCUCUGCCAUUGAUACUAUUGUCCUGGCUUUACUCCUCUGUGAGGUCAUUCUCAACUGGUACUAUGGAUUCUUGUUGUAUUGGAAGGAUGGCUGGAACAUCAUCAACUUUUUUAUUGUGGUAUCUCUCUUCAUUGGUUUUCUCAUUCCCAACCUGAGUUUCAAAACAUUUUUCCAUAUGGUCAGAGUCAUGAGACUGGUGCAGGUGUGUACCUUGGUGAGUGGCCUGGCAAGGAUGAUCCAGGUGAUCCUACAGUCUGCUCCUGACAUGGCGAACAUCAUGAUCCUGCUUUUUGCCAUCAUGCUGGUCUUCUCUGUAUUUGGUGUGACCCUCUUUGGAACUCUUGUCCCAAAACAUUUUGGGAACUUGGGGACUGCUUUAUACACUCUCUUCAUCUGCAUAACCCAAGAUGGGUGGAUCAACAUAUACGAUGACUUUGAGUCAGAAAAGGAAGGCCUUGCCCUGGAGAUAGGUGGGGCCCUCUACUUCUUUAUCUUCAUCACAUUUGGGGCCUUUAUCUUUGCAAAUCUGCUAGUGGCAGUGGUGACAACCAACCUGGAACAAUCCAUGGCUGCAUACAACGAGGAGAGGCAAAUGCGAGCCCAGACCCCUUUUGCAUCGGCUUAUACAGGACUGGACGAUGACACUGAUGACGAUUACAUGGGCCAGACUGAACAUGUGCAUAUGAAAGAGGUCAUGCUGGAACACACCAUGGUCCAUCGCCAGGAGUUAUUGAGCUGUGGUAACUUAGGCAGCCUAACGAACCACUUAAUAAUUGAGGAGGUCAGGUCCAUCAGAUUCAAUAUAGAGCAGGAACAAGAGAUUGUUCUACGCAAUAUCCGUGGGGCCACCAUUUCAGAAACUGUGCUUGCAACUGAUGUCAUGCAAGGGAAGCCUGGUGAUGUUAUAACUGCCCUGAUGAGCCUGGAUAAGCCAGCAGAAACAUCUCCAGAAAUGACCAACGAAUCAUAG